AUGCACGCUCACGGCGAGUUAACGAAGUUAUGCUCGUCGUACAUCACGGCCGGGUGUCGUGCAAAACCGACCUUUUUCCCUUUCAGUAAUUUGGCGUUCAACGAAAUAACGAGCGUCCCGCUGAAUGUAUUCCAGCCGUUAAAAAAUCUGACGAGGCUGUGUAUCAUCGUUAUCUCAUUUGCUUGAUAAAACUUUAUUACGAGCGGCAGUCUGGGUAAUUUCGUGCGUUACCUGUAUGGGCAACAUGCUUGUUCUUUGGGGGAGAUUCACCGCUAAGGAUGAGAAUCGCGUAUUAACCAUCAUCAUUCGAAAUCUGGCAGUCUCCGACAUGAUGAUGGGACUAUACCUGUUUGUAAUCGCCAUAACGGACAUGAUAUUCCGCGAUAAUUACAAUCGAGUCGCCAGUUCAUGGAUGUCUUCGUGGUUCUGUACCUUCGUAGGAGUUUUGGCAAUGACAUCUCUCGAGGUUUCAGUAUUGAUCCUGUCGUUUAUGUCUCUGGAACGAUAUAUGCUAAUCGCAGCCCCGCUAAAAGGUCACCGUACUAUGACACCGCAGACGGCAUUCGCAUCGGUGAUCAUCAUCUGGAUCACGGGAAUUACUCUUGCUCUCAUGCCAGGCUGCUUAUAAUUGGUUAUGCAUACGCGGCUAUGUUUGUGAGCAUCUGGAGAACGAGACACGCUUGUUCCCUGUCUGUUGGCGACUCCGAAUUCGCCUUGCGAUUUUUUCUCAUCGUCUUAACGGAUGCGGCGUGCUGGGCGCCAAUUAUCAUUUUGAAGAUUAGAGCCAUGAUGAUGUAUCCUAUAUCAGCUGAUCUUCACGCGUGGGUGGUAGUUUUCAUACUACCCGUGAACAGUGCGAUUAAUCCGCUGUUGUACACAUUUACUACGCCGAAAUUUCGAGAGAGAUUAAAUGACGGAUGGUUUGCCAAAGUUCGUAACUACAUGACACGAAGAAAAUCUUCCACUAAAGAUUCGAGAACGUCCACGUUGAUGAGCAACAGGAAUAUAAUGUUGUCUUUGUCCAAUGGAAAAGAGUAUACCAAUAAAAUUCCUCCGAUGCUCGAUUUUAAUAAGGAGAGAACAAUGCAGCAGACAAUGCAGUGAAUUUCGUAUUAUACGAUUGACCUGUUAUUACUCGAGAGAUCAUAGAAAAGACAGGUAUUUCUCUUGCAUGAUAACCAUUAGUCUAAGCUUUUACCAAUCAAUUUGGAAAAUUAUAGCGAAGAAAAUAAAUAAGUUUUAUGAACAAGUAUUCUUGCUGAAGGUUUAAUAGAAAGCAAAAACUUUAACUGCUAUAUAUAAUUAUAUGUAUAACUGUUGUUAUAAUGUGUUGUAUCUGUGUAACUGUUAUAUAUAAUUAUAUAUCUGUAUGACGAACUGUCAUGAGUAGAAUAAAACAUAGUUUACCGAGAAUUAUAUAAUAAUUAUAUAUUU